AUGGUGAUUAGUAAGUACUUUUCUUUUAUUGAAGGAAAAGAAAUUGGAACAAGAACAAGAGUAGGAACAGGAUCAGAAGCUUUGGUAGUUACUAAUACUCCUGAGAAUGCUCAGAAAAAUCAGCCUGCUAUUAAAUACUCUUGGUUUUUAGAAGAUCCCAAUGAGGAGGAUUUGAAGGGAAGGAGUAUUAAUAAUGAUACUACUACUCAGUUUGUAAACACUUCUAUACCAUAUAAAAUUAAAGAUGAAGAUUACAAGUUGACUUCAAAUGUAUCAUAUAACCAAGAAAAAUAUCGAGAUUUUCUAUACUUAAAUCAAGUUGGGAUUUUAGUAAGGUUUGAUGAAUAUGCUUUAAAUGUUGACCUACUGCUAGAAGGUACCGAGGAUAAAAAUGCUUCAAUAAAUAUGAAGAGCAAACAUGAGAGAUCAUUGGAAGAUCAGACAAAGGAAAAUCGUAUUGAUAAUAGUUCAGAUAAGGAUCUCAGCCUGCAUUCUUUAAGAAGGAAUCGUGGGAAAGAUGGCUUAAUUUAUUCACUUUUCCAAUUAAUUUCGCAAGAUUGGUUACUUGGUUGGGGUUUCAUAUGCAAUUACUUUAAGGAAUUCAUAUUAAAAUAA